CCCACCAGUGCAACACGUUUGUUCCAAGUUCCAGACGUCCGUCGCGCCACCUCGGCCAACCUCCCCACCCUCCUCGCCGUCCGUGCACGUCUCCAUGAGCGAUGUGUCGAUGAUAUAAACCAAACCCGGUGCUCCAUGCUGGCGCCAACGCGAAGUACGACGGGUGCACCGUGCACGCCGAUUGGGCAGGGAGUUUCUCGCUAAUCGGAGUUCUUGCCGCUCCGAAACCGUUGGGACUCGGAAUCCGAGAACGAGCAGCUCGACCAUAAGCCUAACGAGCUGCCAGUUCGGCCUCCGCGCGCGUCUCCUCCUCGCACACGCACCGCACGCAGGCGAGAGUCAAAGGCCAGCGCGCGCGCGCCCACCCGGAGGAGACAUGGCGACCACGACGACGGUGACAACGACGAGGAGCGUGCGCACGAGGAGGCGCCACGGCGGGGUGUGCUGCGGCCACGCGGCCGAGGCGACCGACGACGCCAGCGUCGUGGUUUCGUCGCGAGAGGAGGAAGAAUCGGAGGUGGUGGUGGCGGGGAAGGAGGAGGGGUUGCCGCGGCUGGUGCGGUUCGAGGAGCUGCCGGACUACCUGCGGGACAACGAGUUCAUCCGCGGGCACUACCGCUGCGAGUGGUCCGUCCGCGACGCGCUGCGCAGCGCCUUCGCGUGGCACAACGAGACGCUCAACGUCUGGAGCCAUCUGGGAGGGUUCGUCCUGUUCCUGUGGCUCGCCGUCGCCGGGGAGACGGAGAGGGCGGCCGCCGCCGGCGUCAAGGACUCUCCGGGAAUCGUGAGGUUCGUGCUGACGUCAGCCAAUGCGUCGUGGGAGACCAGCAACUCGAGCUUGGUGAGCAAGGAUUUCUCGGUUUGGGGAAGCAGACACGCGGUGCCGAGGUGGCCGCGGACGGUGUUCCUGGUGGGCGCCAUGACCUGCCUGGCGGUCAGCGCGGCGGCGCACCUCCUGGCGUGCCACUCGCGCCGCUUCAACCGCCUCUUCUGGCAGCUCGACUACGCUGGGAUCGCCGUCAUGAUCGUGACCUCCUUCUUCCCUCCCGUGUUCUACGCCUUCCUGGGCCACGUCGCGACGCAGCUCGCCUACCUGUCCGCGAUCACCGCGCUGGGCCUGCUCGUGGUGGCAGCGCUGCUGGCGCCCGCGCGCUCGUCCCCUCGCCUGCGCAGCCUCCGCGCCGCGCUGUUCGUGUCCAUGGGCCUGUCGGGGGUCGUGCCGGCGCUGCACGCGCUGUGGAUCAACUGGUGCCACCGCGAGUGCCACCUCGCGCUGGCGCUGGAGCUUGUCAUGGGGCUGGUGUACGCGGCGGGGGCCGGGUUCUACGUCAGCCGCGUGCCGGAGAGGUGGCGGCCGGGCAAGUUCGACUGCGUCGGGCACAGCCACCAGAUCUUCCACGCGCUCGUGCUCGUCGGCGCGCUCACGCACUACUCCGCCACGGCCAUCCUGAUCAGCUGGCGGGAGGGGAUGGCGGCGUCCGCGCUGUUGUGAUUGGAGUGGAUUGUAUACUCGUAGGCUAAGGGUGUGACUUUGAUUCAUUGAUUAUUUGUAGUCUAUGUACAUCAAAUGUUAAUGAAACAAGUAUGCAUCAUCAAAUGAUUGUUCUUUGUAUUUCAGAUUAGGGGUGCGUGUCUGUCUUCCAAAUU